AUGACUACAUCCUACUAUGUCUGCCUGACGCGGCAAAUCACUUUUCUCGUCGAGUCUCGAUGGGGGUUCUGCACAUUUCUGUAUCUCACUUGCAGCCACUUGCCAUUUGUCUUCCUGAUAUUGAAUUUGCUCGUGGUCUUGCAGCCUGAUGUCCCAAUCUCUCUUUGCCGCACAUAUAAUAUCAUCAAUACCUAUAUAGGGAUAUCGACGGUCGCUUGCGCUGAGUGUAUCUUCAUUCUCAGAGCAUAUGCAGUGUGGGAACGGGAGAGAUGGACUGCGGUGUACGCGGUCAUCAGCACCAUUGUCAGACAAUAUAUGGAGCCCGCGGCCAGCUCCAGAUCAUGA